GAUCCCGACUGCUCACCACAACCACAUCCCCUCGCCCGAACGAGCUCUCCAGUUAUCUAAGAGCCGUAAUCAGACUCUGCAAAAUCCCUUGUGCAUGAAGUUGGUAGGACCGGUUUGGCUGGUGUGAGGUAUCAUCUUGGCAUGCAAGGCUAGUGCUGACCUGCCCCAGCUCUCCUUGGCUGUUUGUCAUAUAAAUUAAAAGUGUGGUGCGUUCAAUUUGGGUUGUUUCUGCAACUAUUGUGGCCUCUAACUGUAUACGCCGUUCCUGUCUCCCAAGCAGGGAGAUGCCAUCGUAUGGUUAGCUCACAUUUUAGAAGGUGGCUUGAGGGUCCAAGAUACUUAAGCAAAAGCGUGUUGCAUGGCAAGUGCCCUCUGGGAAUUGCCAGUGUCUAGCUUGGUUGGGGAGUUCAAGUGUGUGAAAGUAAGACUACAACUGACUCUGUGUGAGUCCAAAGAUGUAAGAGAGGCAGCCUUCUGUUAAAGCAGCAUGCAGACGGGAUCCUCCGAGAACUGUGCAGCAAGCUGAAGCAGAUUUGAAGUUAAAGGAGAUGGUAGGGCAUGUGAAAUACAGCAGAAGAGGACUAGGGUUAAAAGUUAGAAAACCAUUUCGGAGCAAAGCAAGGGAGGCAGAUUAGAUUAGAGGCGAGGCAGUGUUGGGUAGGUGUGCUGUAGUGGCUGCUUCACAGGAACAGGCCCGUGGCUUCAUUGGGAAAGUCUCGAUAAAAUGAAACUUAGAUGGCUGAGGUUUCUUAUCUACAAUCUGUGUGGACAGGUGCUAACCCCAACUGUGAGUUGAGUACAGGAGUAGCCUUGCUGCAGCAUAUCUGAUCAGGCUGUGCUGCCAGUCUGAGUCAAGGCAGAUAUACAUGGAGUCAGGUCUUGACCUGUUUCGUCGACAUUAGAAGGAAAAAGAAAGUCUGCAAAUGGUCAGAGGCAGGUUAAAAUUAUUAGACAGGCUUUUGUUAAGGAAGCAUGGAACAGCAGCCCACCAUGUCCGUCUACAGGCAAGUGGGGGGGAAAGCGACUGGAGAUUCUUUGUAGACCUUAAUGCUUGACUAGUGGUUCCAAUAGAAACAAUGACAUGUAUUUUACAGCCUGAUAUGGUUUUCUGGCCAAGAGUCAAAUAUGUAGAGUAUUUUAUAGAUUUAACACUGCUGAAGGAAAGAUCAAUUAAGGAAGCAUGUCAGAGAAAAAAAAUCCAAAUAUGCGGUUUGGUAGGUGAUGCUGGUCAAAGAGUAAGGGCAUACAUUAUCAUGUUAGGGCAAUGUAGAUUAGCUGACGCGGUUUUGCGUCUAGAUCAGUGACGUCACUUGGUUUUUCUGUUAAUGAGUUAAAACAGGAACUCAAAAUACUGAUUAACGCUACGGAGGAAACAAGAUUUUUAAUAUGGAUUAGGUGACGGGACAGGCAGUUGGGAAAAGACCGCUAGGUGAGCACUCUUCUCCCUUUUUUUUCUCCUGCUGGCAUGCGUGUUUUAUGGAAAUUAAGUAUUUAAGGUUAAGGCAAAAACUUGUCCGUUAUAGUAUUAUUUACCUGGUAAAGCAUUGGUAAGCAGUUGUUGAUCAGUUUUAAUGGGUUUAUUUAUUCUAGAGAUUUUAUUUUAGCGGGACGAAUUCCGUCAAGAAUGGGGGUGUCGACGUCAGACUCAUUGUUGAAACUUUUUCAGCGUAGUUGGCCUUAAUUUGAAUGAAGCACCAGUUUAUUGGUGGUGGGGUACCUGAUGACCUUGGUGAUUUUCCGGGUUACAGAUACUUAAGCAGAGUCGCGUCUUUUCUGUAAUGGAACACAGCAGUUGCAUCAAAGCAGGAGUUUUAGGUAGCGAAUAUUAAACCAGGCAUUUACAGCAUGUUAUGUAGUUAAAGGGGGUAGCAUUUACUGGUCCACAGUCAGACUGAACGCACACGCUCAUUCGCCGGGGAGACAUGGAUGUUUCUCAGCUGCACUGGAGUUCGCUGGAAUACAGCCUUCCAGACUUUGCCCACAGAUUUCAUAAUUUCCUGCCCUUGGUCGUCAAGGUGACUGCGGGCUUUCUGGGAAAGCAGGAGCUGGACAGCAUCAGCCGGGACAUGGUAAUACAGGUGCACUCCCUUCAGUCCCAGAAAAGGGCAGUCCUGGAAACGAAGUCUGGGAGAAUUCUCUCCGUCCCUGUGUCCAUCUCCUCCGUUUUAUUCUACGUUGUGAAGCAGAAUUGUCAGUGUGCAGAUGGACCACUCAGCCUUCAGGCAGUGCUGUCUUCCCACAGGCUGCCUGUUCUUGUCCAGCCUGUGACUCCCCUCAAGCUCCCUGCCUGUUUUGCGAGGUGCUACGGCAACCAGUUGGAGACACUGACCCUCUCAGUAACCUAUGAGGAAAAAUUCCUCCUAGGUCAUCCGCUGGACAUGGCAGGCUCCCUGCUGACACAGACCCCGCUGGUGCUGCCCAUGUACAUGAAGGAGGUGUUCGUCUCUCUACCAGAGCUGCUGAACCCCCAGCAGCAGAACCAGUUUUCUUCCAACUGCGUCGCACAGUCGUCUGUUAUAGCGAGUCUGAGCCACAAUCGUCACUUCAUCUUCCAAGAUAUAACCUUCCUGGAGAAGUCUCAGCUUAUCGAAAAUGGUGACAAAUAUACUGAAGUGGAGCCGAUUUAUAUGAGUCUGGAUGUGCAAGAGGGAAGCAUCGCCCUUUACCAACAUCUGGUGGAUUCCUCCCCAGUGCAGGAACCACCAAAGCCCCCUGUCCCUUUGCGUAGUGCAAAGCCCCCACAGUAGGCCGAGGGGCAUCGCUCUGAUGCCAGAGGGUACGCUGUGUGCCAGUCAAUGCCAGCCCCUUUACUGGCAUGCGAUGUUUCUGUUUUGCAUGUUCUUCUGAGAUGUACAUAUGUUCUUCUGAAAUGAGGAUAGUCUAAGAACUGAAAACUAUGAAAAUAUAAGCGGUUUAUUUUUUGUUUGAUUCAUCAUAUUGUUGCUGUUUAUUAUAUAUUGUUGCCUUACACCUGUGGGAUCAGGGUU